CCAGAAGAGUCGCGCUUGCGAGAGGAAGAAACGUACUCUCCAGAGUCACCAUGACGCAAUUUUAGGAAACUUUUUUUUGUUUUUAAUUUAUUAUUUUAUUUUCCAUCCACGGAAAACGGAAAUCUUUCCAGGGCGUUUUUUUUUAAAUUUUCCCCAGGUAGUUUUCACCUUUCCGACUUCUUUCCUCCUUGUUUCCGAGCCGCCGCGCACCGGUGUGAUGCCCGCCGGGAUGUUCAGCAUAGACAGCAUCCUAUCCGGCCGGCCGAGCUGCAAGGAGCCGCUCCUGCUGCACCGUAGCGGCCCGGUGGUGCUCUCCGCCGGCCUCACGGACUCUAUCUACACCGACUACAACGGACUGUACUCGGCCACGUGCGGGCCCUCUCCCCCCGGGAUUCAGUCUGUGAACGGGACCAGGAUAGGAUAUAACGGCUACUACUACGGACAGCUGCAAGUCCAGGGCCACGGAGGAGGGCCGCCGUGCUGCGGCUCUGUGCCUGGCCUCAGCCCACAGCAGUGCCCCUGCAUUCCGGCAGGCUACGACAACGCGGGCUCAGUGCUGAUCUCCCCGGUCCACCAUCAGAUGAUGUCCUACAUGAACAUGGGCAGCCUGUCGCGGACCGAGCUGCAGCUCCUCAACCAGCUGCACUGCCGCAGGAAGCGGAGGCACCGCACCAUCUUCACCGACGAGCAGCUGGAGGCUCUGGAGGGCCUCUUCCAAGAGACCAAAUACCCGGACGUCGGCACCCGGGAGCAGCUGGCCCGCAAGGUGCACCUCCGAGAGGAGAAGGUCGAGGUGUGGUUCAAAAACAGACGCGCGAAGUGGAGGCGGCAGAAAAGGUCUUCAUCAGAGGAAUCAGAGAACUCUCAGAAAUGGAACAAAGCGACCAAAGCGUCCGCGGAGAAAACCGAGGAGAGUAAAAGCGAGGUGGACUCAGACAGCUGAUAAUUAAAAGAGCCCCCAAACACGUCCACGCGUGUGUGUGUGUGUGUGUGUGAGAGAGAGAGAGAGAGAGUGAGAGAGUGUGUGUACUAUAUGUAGUGGAAAGUGAUGUGGACCCGACGACAUCAUGCUGGUGGUGAUGGUGUGUGUGAUGACACGUGUUGCCAUGUUGCACAGUUGUACAUAUUUACAUUUUAUUAUUGAUUGUGUUCGAUAUUUAUAUUUAAUUUAAAGUUGUUGUUUUUUU